ACCAUGGCCCCCCUCUUCUGACGACUCGCGCAAAUCCCCCAAAUCCCCCGAGCUUCAAAAGAAAAGAAAAGAAAAAAAAAACCAAUCCCGAAUUCCCCAUCCGUCCCUAACCAGCGGCAGGGCUCCUGGCAAGGCGUCUUGUCGGGGUUGCUGGUGGCCGGCGCACGGCGGCGGUACUCCCCCGCUACGGGCGGUGCCGCGGUGGGACUCCUGGCGGCAACAGGAAUUCGCACCAUGCGGCGGCGGCCGCGGCCGGUAAUGUCGGAACAGCCAUCGUCAACGAGCUUUACAUUGGUCAAGAGGAGGAAGAAAAUGGUAAGCACUUUCAGCUUCGAGGAGGACGAGGAUUCCGAUUCCGUGGAGGAGGACGAGGAUUUGGGCGCCGCCGACAGCCUUCACGCGCCGCCAGACGUGCGUGCUAGGACGAGCACCGCAGUGGCGAACGUGACGGUGGGUGAUGCCGACGCCCUCGAGUGCGGCGUCUGUUUCCUCGCGCUCAGGCCUCCCAUCUUCCAGUGCGAGGUGGGGCAUGUGGUGUGUUCGGCCUGUCGCGACAAGCUGGAGGCCACCGGGAACGGCAACUGCCAUGUCUGCCGCGCUGCCACGCGUGGGGGUUACCGCCGAUGCUACGCCAUGGAGCGUCUCGUGGACUGCAUCCGCGUCCCCUGCCCAUACGCGGCUCACGGCUGCGACGCGACGCCUCCCUACCAUGGCCAGGAAAGCCACCGUCAGGUGUGCCCGCACGCGCCCUGCCACUGCCCCGGCGACUCGUGCGGCUUCAUCGGCUCUGAAACCGCGCUGAUGGACCACUUCGCCGGUGCACACAAGUGGCCGUGCACCACCAAGGUCCGCGCUGGGGAGGCGUUCAGCAUCCGCCUGCGUGACGGAUUCAACUUCUUCCUCCUCGCGGACCAUGACCGCUGUGGCGAUGGUGAGCAAGCGGCGGUCACUUGUUGCAGCGUCCCGUGCCGGCUGUUCCUGCUGAACGUGAUGAAAGAACGGCUUAGCCGUGCCAUCUCGGUGAUCUGCAUCCAUCCUCACACAUCCUCCGCCGCCGCUGCCAACAACGGUGAUCAACAGCUGCCGUUGACGCAAUGCGAGCUGGUGUUCUCGUGCUACGGUGACAGGAGCUCAUGCCGUAGCCACUACCAGUCGUCGGUGUUCAGAGUGGUGUGCACGGACCUCUCCAGUGGGCUGCCCAACCCUGAAAACUGCUUCCAGUUCUUCGUGCCGAACACCGUUUUUGGGGUUGGAGACGACAAGAAUUCUAUCCAGAUUAAAGCACGUAUCAUCAACUAGAUCAUCAAACAGCUUGGUGUGUGCACGUCAAGGAUUAAUCUCAAACCUGCUGUAACGUGGACAAAGUAACCGCAUCCGACCUGCUUGAAUUUGGUCUUGCAGACUUGGAUAUUGGGACUGAUUCCAUUGAAGAGCAAGUCAUUCGGAACCAAUCUUGCCUCAAUUGGUGGCAUUCCUGGAGACUGUGGUGGCACGGCAAAGCAAGAUGAGGUGCUGACUCCUUGUUUGCUUUAGUGGCUUGGGAGCUUUCGAAGGAGCGCAAUGGGAGAUGCUUCCGCGGAGCAGCAACAUCGGUCCAGCAAAUUCUGUCAACCAUCAAGCUCAAUGCAGAUCAGUGGAUCCAAGCCAGGGCCGCCAAUUUGGGUUGUCUAGUCAGCGAGUAAUAGCCUUUGUUUUGUUUUGCUAGGGAAGGCUGAUCUUCAAUGUAAUUCUCUUCCCCCCUAGUGCGCCUAAGGGCGCGUUGUGUAAACUCUAUUUCUCCUUAAUACAAAUGAUACACAAACCUUUUGUGCUUUUAAGAAAAAAAAAAAGAGCAAGUCAAGGCAGACUUGGAUGUGUGUUUCCUGUUC